AGCAAUUCGAGUUGAGGUUAUGGGUGUGCAUAUCCGAAGUCUUUGAUGUAAAGAUUAUUACAGAAAAAAUCCUCAAGUCAGCAACCAAUGCAGAGACUCCGAAUUUAGAGAUGGAGGAGUUACAAGGUCUAAUGCGAAAAGAAGUAGGUGAUAAGAAAUAUCUGCUUGUUCUGGAUGACAUUUGGAAUGAAAAUCGUGAGGAAUGGUUGAAGCUGAGGGCUCUAUUGAAGAUUGGUAGAAAAGGGAGUAAGAUAAUUAUAACUACUCGGUCAAGGGAGGUGGCAAAAAUUAUGGGCACCGUUCCUGCCUAUGAUUUACAAGGCCUGAAAGAAGAGAAGGCAUGGGAAUUAUUUCAGAAGAUGGCAUUUGAACCUGGACAAGCUGAACAGAUGCCUCGUCUUAUGGAGGUUGGGAAAGAUAUUGUUAAGAAGUGUGCAAAUGUUCCUUUGGCCAUAAGAGCUGUAGGCAGUCUUCUUUACGGCAAGAACGAGAACAAGUGGUUGUCAAUCAAAAAUAGAAGUCUAGUCAAUAUAUUUGACAGCCAAAAUGGCAUUAUGGACAUUCUCAAGCUGAGCUACCAGCAACUACAGUCACCGUUAAAGAACUGUUUUGCUUACUGCGCUUUGUUUCCGAAAGAUCAUGAAUUCAAUAAGGAAGCACUGAUGAAUCUUUGGAUGGCCGAGGGCUUUAUUAUUUCUAAAAAUAAUGAAGACCAGAGUCUAGAAGAUCUUGCUGAUGAAUAUUUUCUUAUUCUGUUGCAAAGGUGCUUCUUCCAGGAUAUAAAAAGAGAUGAAUGGGGGAACAUUUCGAGCUGCAAAAUGCACGACUUUAUGCAUGAUCUUGCUCAAGAAGUAGCAGGAGUCAACUGCAAGGUUGCAGUGUUAGGAGAAAGCAAUUCAAACAAGGCAAUCUGUCACUUGUCAGCUUAUCGUUUGACUUCAGAAUGGAAGAUACCAAGUUGGAUGCUGGAACUGAAGCAUCUACGAACAUUUCUGUUGCCAGAGCAAUUUAAAGAUGGAUCGGCCUUCAGCAAAUCGAUUUGUCAAGAGUUGAUAUCUGGCUUUGGAUGCUUGAGAGUGUUGGAUCUACACAACCUUGGAAUCAGGAAUUUGCCCAGCUCAAUAGGUAAGCUAGUUCACUUAAGAUACCUUAACCUUUCCCGUACACCUAUUGGAGAACUCCCUGAUUCAAUCACAAAGCUCCAAAAUUUGCAAACACUUAACCUAUCUAAUUGUUUAAGUCUUCCAUCAUUGCCUAUACAUAUGGGAUUACUUAAGAAUCUUAGGAGCCUUGAUGUUAAUGAAUGUCAGUUUCUGUACCGUUUGCCUUCAGGACUAGGAAAUUUGACUUCUCUCAAUAAACUACCUCGAUUUACAGUCGUUUAUAGAAAUUGUCCUAAAAUUGAUUACAAGCCCAACACUGCUAAGUUGAGUGAUUUAAAGAACCUUAAUAACCUGAAAGGAGUCUUGCACAUUCAAAUUUUCGGUGAGGGAAAACGUGGGCUGACUAAGUUACAUAUAGAAUUGGACGGUUGGUUAUAUGACGAUGUUAGUGGUAGUAAUCAUGAUGAAUCUAUCUUGGAAGGGCUGAAACCACAUCCAAAUUUAAGGGAGCUGGAGAUUUAUUGUUAUAGAGGUCAGAAGUUCCCAAGUUGGGCAAUGAUGGGUAAUUUGUGCAGUACUCUUCCAAAUCUUGUUCAUGUUGAACUUCUGCGUUGUGGAAGAUGUCAGCAAGUGCCUUGUUUUAGUCAACUCCCUUUCUUGAAGCGCCUCACCCUUGUAUCUUUGCAAAGUGUGGAAUACAUGGAAAGCAGUGAUCACAUUCUUUCCUUGUCAUCCAACACACUAUUCUUCCCAUCUCUUCAAGAACUUACACUGAUGAAUAUGGAUAAUUUAGAAGGAUGGUGGAUAGUAAGAGAAAAUGCUGACAUUAGUACAAUAGAAUCAUCACAUGAUCAAUUACUCAUACAACGCCUCCAAUCCAUGCCAUUUUCCAAUCUAACAAAAUUGGAAUUACGAAAAUGUCCAAAGCUGAUAUCUCUGCCACAAUGUUCUAAUGUGGAGGAAUUAACACUAGUGGACACCAACGAGACCAUCUCAGUGAUAAAGAUGGCAACAGCUUCACCAUCAACCUCAACUUCAGCAACUGGUUCAAAGUUGAAAAGGUUUACAGUCAGUAACUUGGAAGACCUCAUUUCUCUUCCAAGAGAAUGUCUGCACCAACUUUCUUCACUUGAUGUCCAAGAUGAGAAGCUGGUGAACACUGAGGAAAUAGGAAAGCAAGUCUACAUGAGUAUGUCUUCUUCUCUCCGUUGUUUAAGUUUCACUCAUUGCCAUAGCUUGAGAUUUUUCACUCAAGGCCUAGAGCAUUUAACAGCGAUAGAGAAGUUGGUGCUUUGGAAUUGUGAACAACUUGAUCUAUCACCAGAUGAAGAUAUACCAUGGAAAUACUUCAAAAGUCUUCGUUCUUUACAAUUUCAUAUGAUCCCUAAGCUGUUGGUUCUUCCUAGUGGACUUCAACACUUGACAAACCUCCGCUCUCUUAAAAUAACUUGCAACCGUGGAUUUAUGGAACUACCAGAAUGGAUCAGCUGUUUCUCAUCUCUUGCAUACAUGUGUGUAAGUAUUUGUCCUAAGCAGACAUCUUUGCCAGAAGCCUUCUGCAAUCUCACUUCCCUAAAUGAACUAAAAAUCCUUAGUUGUCCAGGAUUGACAGAUAGAUGCCAAGGUCCGAAGGGUAGCGAAUGGCCCAAGAUUCAGCAUAUUCCUCUGGUUCAAGUUUUACAGGAUUAGAUAUCAUGAAUUUAUGAUAUAGGUAUGAAAUAGACAUUAUUGAUGUUAUCAAAUUUACAGUAUGCUCCCUUUAGUUCUAUUAAAUGUCAAUGGUUCUAGUAGUAGGUGAACAUGGUUGUAUACUUGUAAGUAGUUUACUAAAUUAAAUUUAAUAAACAUGUAGGGUUCUUUUGGCAUCAUUGUGGUUUACUGUUUUUUGAUUUUUUUUUUGUUUUUUAAAAGUAUAUUAUAUAUAUCACAUAUUGAAUCAAAAAUUAUUUAGACUU